GAAGGCUGAAGGCUCUGAAGUAGCGGAGGGGGAAAAAGAGUCACCUUUGAAAGAGAAUCUUUCACCAUGGGAAGAAUGGUUCAUUGGCAAAGAGAAGGAACUACGUGCUCGCUUACAGGCUAGAGCUGCAGAGGAAAUGAGUAUACAGCUUGAGAAGAUGAAGCAAAAGCAAGAAUGUGAAAGGAAGAAAAGGAUAGCUGAAGAGAAGCACAAGGAAUGGGUACAAAAAAAGAGAGAAGAGGAAAGAAGGGAAAGGGAACAAAAGCUGAGCAAAGAAAUGGCAGAAAGAACCACAAGGGAACUAGAAAAAAUGCAGUUACAAGAAAAGGCUGAAGUAAAAUAUAAAGAAUGGUUAAAGAAGAAGAGAGCUGAAGAGGCAGAAAAGAAGAAGAAAGAGAAGGAAAAAGAAAAAGAAAGGGAGGCUGAGCUACAGGAGAAGAAAGCAAGAUCAGAGAAGAUCUUUAAGGAAUGGCUACAUAAUGCUAGAAAUAAACCUCGCCCUGUUUUAAAUGGUUAUGGCUUCCUACGUGGGAAGUCUACAGGGUGUGCUGAUGGAAAUUCGUAUCCGGUUCCAGCAUAUUGUAACCCCAUUCCUUGGAAACCUGUACAUGUGCCUCCUCCAAAGGAAGACAAUGUUUUUACCAUGAAGAAGAGUAAGAGACCUGUAUCUUGUCAAUCACGUGUGUAUUUGCCUAUGGUAAUUUAUAAGCCCAAGAACAACCUUUGUGUUGGAUCCUUGUGCAGAAAGCAGUUAUAG